AUGCGAGUGCGGGCGUCUCUUUCCGCUCACCCCAGUAGUUUCGUGAAUGGCGAAGGAGGACCAUGGCUGUUACAAGGCUCGUACGGUUCUUGCAUCGCAAGUAAGUACUGGCCAACGUUCGUCACAUCCCGCGUCCUCCUGUCAUUCGAUGCCGAUGAAAGACCGCCCCUGCCCCGCAUUAAUGCCAAGUGGCGCUCUUUGUGUUAUGGCGGCCCAUGCAUCUUCAACAGGUUUUGUAACAGAAGCAAGAGGCUUCGUGGUGUUUGA